AUGCCAGAUCUUGAAGAUCUAGGCAAUCCAGACACUGCAGAAGAGCAUGUCGAGCUGCCAUCCUUCAUGUCACUGCUUAACUCGGGCUCCGAGGGCAUUGAUCUAAUCGAGGAACUUCGCAAUAACUAUGCGAAUGACCCAUUCUUCACCAAGAUCCUCGAGAAACCUAAGGAGUUUCAUAAUUUCGAGGUCGAGAAUGGGAUCAUGUACCUCAAGGAGUACCACUUCCUUGUCAUCGACAGCACCUCGACUCCCCCCAAGCAGCACACCGUGUCCACCGCCGACCUCGUCGCCUGCCUGGAUUUCGACGCUGACCUCCGUGCCAAGCCUGCACAGGUGCUUAAGCACCCGUCUCCGUCCUCCUAUGCCCUCGUCUCUCGUGCCUUCAAUGCACUGGCCAAAGGGAAGCAGCGAUUCGCCAUCAUAACGACAGACAACAGGGUUGAACGCAAAGGCUCUGCCAUGUGGGCUGACGUCUUCCAUCUCACACCAACCGACUGUGGUAUAACCACUGGCAGUGAAGUCACGCUUUCUGGACCUCAAGACUUAGUCAACGUGGCCUGGACACUCGUCUUUCGGGAAGGUGUGCGUGCCAUCCAGUUCAAGGAGCGGCUCAAGCAGCAUGCCGACGCCCGCAAACGUCGUGCUGCUCUUCAGCUAAACACUCACACCAAGGCUCACCGCGACUCGGAUCGCCGCACCAGAACUUCCUCGGACAAGGAGUCCACUGGAUCCCACCACCGUCGUCGCAGCAAGGCUGGGCGCAAGGAGCGUGCAGCACUUCUCGCGGAAUCGAGCGCGACCACCACCACCACUGAGGAGACUGUCAAGGAGGAGUUGGUUGAGGAAGACGCACCCCACGAGGUAGACGACGAAGUUAGGGAUGAGGAUGUCGACAUGCAAGAGGCCGAUGCCCCCGCCGAUGAUGCCCGCCGCACUCCGGACAAGGCGCCCACUCCUGAACCUGCACCUAUCCCCGAGCUGGCACCUGAGACCCCUGGGGCUGCUGCCACACCUGCCAUCAAAACUGCCUGUACUUUCCCCGUGUCUGCCAUCGACACUGGUGCCACUGCAGCACCGAGGGAGCGUGUACCUCUCAGCGCCUUGGGUCACAUCCCAAAGCAUUCAGCAAUGUGGGACCCCAAUAAAAGUAUUGCAGACAAUAUGCAGUUCCCAGAAUCACCACGUCCCUCGACCCUGACAUCUACAAUCCCUGCUAGUCACGACCUCGCCGAUCCUGCCUUUGCCGUUGACGAUCCGAUGGAUGGCCAAGCAAUCACUGCCGGAACCGCCGUCGACUUCGCAUCCACCGUCUGA